GUCCAACCCACCGCGCCCGGCCCCAUUGCAGCUGCACAGCCCGCUGCUGCCGAGCGAGCCGACACCGCGCGAGACGGCGAAGACCGGCGGCCGAAGGAAAGCACCCACCCACGCCACGCGCCCCGCCGAGCCCCCCACGCGAGCGCGCUGCCGGCGCACACACUAGCUCAGCGACUAGACUAGACUAUAGAGUGCGCGAGGAGGUGAUGGAAUCCAGCCGGUGGCCGCGGUCGGCGGCAAGGCAGCUGCCGCGCGAGGCCGAUUCCUUCCUUGCUGCUCGCUCGCCUUUUCCCCUUUCACCGCGCGCCACCUUACUACCUUACCCUCCUCCUACCCCCGCCAUGGUUACCAACCCGCGGCAGCAGCAGCAGCGGAUCGAGGUUGAGAAGGCAUGGAGGACGCGUCGCUCGAGCACACGCCCACCUGGGUCGUCGCCGCCGUCUGCCUCAGCAUCGUCUCCGUCUCGCUCGCCGCCGAGCGCCUCCUUCACUACCUCGGCAAGGCACUAAAACAUAAGCAGCAGAAAACACUGUAUUCAGCUCUACAGAGACUAAAAGAAGAGUUAAUGCUUCUUGGAUUUAUCUCCUUUCUCCUGAGUCUCUCUCAGGGUUUAAUUGUUCAUAUUUGCAUACCGGAAACCUACACACUUCUCAUGCUUCCAUGCAAGAAAGUGAAUCACAAGGUUCCAGAAGAAGGUGGCGUACAUUGCAAGAAAAAGGGUGAUGUUCCCUUGCUUUCGCUAGAGGCAUUGCACCAGCUGCACAUCUUCAUAUUUGUACUUGGCUUCGUCCAUGUUGUUUUCUGCGCUACAACAAUAUUGCUUGGUGGAGCAAAGAUAAGAAAAUGGAAGCAUUGGGAGACAGGAAUUCACCGAGAAAUACGUCCAAAAAUGGCUGCACUACAACAAAGAGAACUUGCAGGAAAUACUACACCAUUGCAUAUUGUGCUACAUCGUGAACAGGGUGAAUUUGUCAGCGAGCGAACAAAGGGAUUUUGGAGGCAGCUGGCUGUCAUAAGCUGGAUUAUUGCAUUCUUAAAGCAGUUUCAUGAUUCUGUGAGUAAAUCAGAUUAUGAAGCGCUUAGAUCAGCAUUUGUCUUGAUACACUACCCAAGUCGUCUGGACUUUGAUUUUCACAAGUACAUGAUACGUGCCCUUGAACACGAUUUUAAGAGGGUUGUUGGUAUCAGUUGGUACCUGUGGCUGUUUGUCAUCCUUUUCCUUUUGCUCAAUAUAAAUGGAUGGCACACAUACUUUUGGUUAGCUUUCUUGCCUCUGUUUCUUCUGCUUGUUGUUGGCGCAAAACUACAGCACAUUAUUACUCGGUUAGCUCAAGAGGCAGCAGCAUCGUUAGCAGAUGAGACAAACCAAAUCCCCAAUAUAAAGCCUUCCAAGGAUCAUUUCUGGUUUGGCAAACCUUCAAUUGUGCUUCAUUUGAUCCAUUUCAUCCUAUUCCAGAACGCCUUCGAGAUUGGUUUUUUCUUCUGGGUCUUGGUAACAUAUGGGUUUGACUCGUGUAUUAUGGAACAGAAGGCUUAUGCCAUUUCCAGACUUGUUAUCGGUUUGAUCAUCCAAGUGGUGUGCAGCUACAUCACCCUGCCAUUAUACGCCAUCGUCACUCAUAUGAGCGGAGACAUCAAGCUGCAAGCGCUCGGGUCGGGCCUUCACGAGUCCGUCACGAACUGGGCCUCGGGCGCCCGGAACAAAGGCCGUUCCGACAUGGGCCUCCGGAACUCGCUCACCUGGAAGAGGACCGGCCCCAACCCCAACCCCGUCCCCGGCGGCGGCAGCGGCACCGAGGUCCCAGUGGCCAGGGCGCCCAACGAGCGCUUCGGUAGCUCGCGCAACAUGCUGGCGCCGGCGUCCGGCCCUGACAUGGACGAGAUCGUGUCCGUGGUCGACAUCGACGGUGUCAGCAGCCGGAGGUGAACGAGAUAGAAGGCAGGCAGGCUACACGCCGCGCCGGCCACUGCCAGGGGCGAGCUGAGAAAUUCCUGGUGUCGGGGGAGGUGCGCUGUGCCUCUGGGCCAGGAAGACGAGUGGCCGCCGUGCACACUAGCUAGCUGACACAAUGUAACGUCAGGGCUUCGAUCUCUCUGUAAACGGUACCGGCGGACGGGACGCGUCUCCGGCCGGCCGGCUGUCGUGCUUGGCAGAGGCAGGAGUUAUACGACAUAUCAUGCAUGUGAGAUCGAUGCUAGCCACAACGAGGAUGCCCAAAUGAGCCGCAGCUA